UUUUCCAGUUAGAUUAUGAUUUAACAGUUUUUGAACGUGUUAGACAUGAAUAUGAUGUAGUUCUGCGUAUGUGCCAAGGAGCUUUGCUAAAAUUAGAAGCACAAUGAGUGAGUUCAGCAAGAACCAAUCAACACUCCGUGCCAAUUAUGUAACGGUCUUGCUUCGAAACUUUUUUUCGGGGGAUGACCAGCGAACUCGUACGCUUGCACAUAUCUUGAAGGACAGAGAACUUAUUGGAGAAGAUGAACAUGACGACUUGUGCGAGAAAGCAAGCAGCAAACAAUGCCCAGAAGCUAUUGAUAGAAUAUUCGGCAUUUUUGCAGAGAAAACCCUUGCUUUGACAAAUCUGGAAAAUGUUUUGAAACACGAAGACUUGGGAAUCAACAAGGAACUACACGAUCUUGUUUCAUUACUUCUGCGCGAACAUAACAUAGAAGAAAAUCUCACUUUGCUUAUUAACUGGUGGGGAAUAUUGUGUGCUAACAGUACCGAUGUGUGCCAAAUAAUUUCUGAAAUAUGGCCGGAAAAAAGUCUGACGGACGAUAUGUGGCCUCUGAAGUUUAUCCAUUUUUGUGCUACUCAAACUGAAAAUACGGAGAAGCUUAAUUUGUUUUUACAAAAAGUGCAAGACAUCAACGACAAAGAGAUAGAAACCAAUCAAGGACCAGUUCACCAGUACAAUUCAGGUUUCAGUUUUUCAGAAGUUACACCGGAAUCGUUCAGUUCAUACGUGAUGGUAAAGAACGACGAAACAAAACACUCUCUGAAGGAUGUUCGGCUGCAAGUGGAAGAAAUUAAUUUUGCUGAUAUUGCCAACAUUUCAGCGGAAGUGAAGCAGGCAAAUGACAAUACAAAUAUAGAAGGAUUACAUGUUUCUAGUCAAAACGAGGAACGCGCCUCUACAGUCAGUCAGUCAACGGACGAAGAAAAUGAUAAUGAUACGUUUCAAAAAACAGACUUUGGAAACAUUUUUAAAGACGACAAUUCAACUUCUUCAGCAACCUGCGAUUCAGACGAAGAUUACGACAAUUGGUUUUACCCCCGUUUGGACGAGUUAUUCAAUCGAAGAUUAGAAAUAAACGUUCUUCUUCAGUUGGCAUCACCAGGAUGCACAUUACACCUAGAAGACGAAAAAGCUUGGAAAAACAAUAUUAUUGAUCAUAUUACAAAGAUGGCUGAUUUUGGUUCGCUGUAUGAAGAUUUCAAGAACCUUAUUGAAGAUAUUUUAAAAAGAGAUCAGCUGUUCCAAACAAAAUUUUGGGAAAAUGCGACUGAUCUUAUCAUACUUCGUAAAUGGAUGAAAAAGAUAAUGCCUGAGAUGGAAAAACAUACGGACAUAUUUACUAUGCUGAUAAAAAUUUCCUGGCCCGGAAAUAAAUGGCUUGAAGAAAACUGGAAGCAAGUUUUACUACUCAAAAUUUAUGCUGAUCCAGAAAAAUUUAUUCUUCUCGCGUCUGCUCUACAUUUGAUUUUCGGCAUUCAUAAGAUUUCUAUUCCCGAGGCAUCAGAUCCAAAAUUCGCAUCAAAAGUUUCCUCUAGCAAAGUGUCUGACAAGUUUAACAAAGCAACGGCAGUUGAAGACGCAAAUUGGCUUCUUGAAUCGUACGAAGUAUUGAAGGAAGAAUACGAAAAUUUAACACCGUUGCUCGAUAUUGCUUGGCCAAAACAGCAAUUUCGUAAAAAAGAUGGACAAGAUGGGAUUUUGAUUCUUCUUGAAUCUGCAGGAUUGGAAGAUAACUGGAAAAUUGUUAGAAACUUUGUAGCAGCUGCAAGAUUUGUUAUACAAAAUAAAAAGCCGGGAAGAAUUGAAAAAUUAGAAAAAGCAGAUUUCGAAAUUAAUGAUUCUUUGAUUGAAUUGAUGAAGGAACAUUUUGAAAAAGUCAACUGGGUUGGCUGGCUGGCUUUAAGAGACAAGUAUAGGACGGAUAUUCUCUGGUUAAAACUACUCUUAAAAAUGCAGUCGGAAAAACCAAAAGUUCAAAAGCUAAUUCGAGCGUUAAAACUGCUUGCUUCUGUAUUUCAGCAAAGUCAACAAGAGUCUGAUGUUGGGUCAACACCUGGAACUGAUGCAACGGAAAUGCCAAAAUCGAAUUCUUUAAAGUUGGCAACACAUGAUGAAGAUCGAUCUCGAUCACGACAAAAAUUUAAAGCGGCAUCUCCACAAAAGCGAAGAAAGAAAAGUGAAUCGCCAAUCAGGAGAGAAAACGAAAAAAAACGUUCAAGAUCAACAUCAGAACAACAAUACCCAACACAGGUACCACACAAGCACGGGGAAAUUGACCAAAAUCAAAGCACAGGAGUGAAGAUAACAGAAGCACCAAGUGAAAAAAUUAUCGAGUCGAAUCCUCAUAUACAGCAUCGAGAUCCAGUACAAGAAGUACCAGUAGUUCAUACUUCUUCAUCAAGUACAUCAGCAAAUGAUCCAAUCACAAGUAGUAAAGAACAUGAUGCGUCAUCAAAAGGAUACUUUCCAAAAAUAAAAGAUGCGGAUACACAUAAAAGAAUGCAUGAGAUGGACAGAUUACUGACAAGCAAAACAGAAGUGAAUUUGAAAAGAGAUCCAAGACAAUCUACAAAAACAGAUUCUCAACAGUCAUUCUCAAGGAAAAAAUCGGAACUUUUUAUGAGGCUCUUUAGAAGCAGAUCUGUAGGAAGUCAACCAGCUUCUAAAAUAUUGGGCAAUGAUCAAGAAACUCAUAAUCAACACGAACCAGAGGCACCACCGCCAUAUACUUCAGGAAACUACACUCAUGAUCUGCAAAAUUUUUCGGAGUCAACUAAGAACUUGUUCCCAGAUGACAAUCAAAAUGAAUACAGCCACGAAACGCUAGAAUGCCAAUCGACGGGUACAAGACGCAAAUUAGUGAGCGCUUCAGAUGACAAUGAAGAUGAAUACAGCCAUGAAAAUACACAUUCUCCAUCAAGAAGAAGAACACGCCAAUCCGUGGAAGCUUCAGAUGGCAAGAAAAAAGGUCACAGCCCUAAAAAAUCCCGAUCACAAAGUAGAAGUGGCAAAUCCGUUGUAGCUACAGAAAAUAACACGAAAAGAAAUGAAGAGUCACCAAAAGUUCAAGCACCUGUGAAAAAAGAAAAACUUUAUCAAAAAUUAAGUGAAAAAAGAUCAGAACCAGAAAAUACAAGCAACAAAUAUACGGUAACAUUUUAUGUAACUUGUCUAAUGGAUAUAGACGAAAUGAAUAUAUGUUUUAAUACCAACGGAAAUUUGGAAAAGUUUGAAAUGCAGGAGUUGCCAGAAGAGAAGAAUUGUUUCUCGGUAAGGAUAGAAUCGUGGAGUCAAAAAUUUCAUUACUCAUAUGAAUACGAAGAAAAUGGGACCACAUAUAGAGAAUUAUUGCCAGGAGAUCACCGAGUUGUAAAAUUUGAACCAGAAAAGGAGAAUAUUUUUUUCGACGUUAUAUCGAUGUUUCCUUACAAGAAUGAAAAUCAUCAGAGUGAAUGGUCAAAGCAGAUGUACAAGUAUCUUUGCGCUAUAUCUGAUAUGAGCUCUUCAACAAAAGAACAAGUAACCAUGCUACUACAAGCUUGGGUUUCACAAAUAAAACGCGGCUGGAAAAUUGGGUGUAACGAAGGUUACCAAAGAAUACCGCUUUCUGUUAAGGCAGAAGAUUGUUUAAUCGAGUGGUUGACUGAAUGUGAUAGGAAAGUUUGCAGCGAGACCAAAAUUAUAACUAUCUUGUUGCUGCUUGUCGUAUUUGAAGAAAAUAAUCUCAAAGUUCAACGUUCUCUGGAUAUCGUGUUUCUUCAUCUAUCGCUCGAAGAUAUGAAUAAAGAACAGCAGAACAGGAUACAAAGUGAUAUUUUUUCUGCAUAUACACAUGCCCAGGAAAGAAAUCUAGUGGCAGCACAGUUAAAGAAUCUGUUCAAUGUCGCUGCACAACAACCUGUAAAAAACUGGCUGCUUGCUCUACCAUUACUGGACCUUAUUGAAAAGAAAUCAAUAACAGUUGAAGCAAGCUCUAUAAAGUCUCCAGUGAGAGAAAUUGAUAAUCGACUUCCGUUUGCUGACAAGCUUGACUUAUAUACAGGAAAGGAAUAUCAACAGCAUUUUAUAGAACUGGCUGAUAAGAUAAACAAAUUAAGUUCACAACAUCUUUGGCUGAUCGACACGUAUCAGAUAUUACUUGACUACGAGUCAAUUAUAAAAGUUACAAAAUGCAAUAAAGAAAUUGCAAAAAAAUUCGAGCUUGGAAAUUUAUUAACAAUUCUCCUCGAAGGAUGCAAUCGAACAACGCAUGAAGACAUUAAUAGUUACUUACAAAUCUUGGAAGACAUUCAAGAUUACAUCGGAGACCAGUUCCAAUACGCAAGAAGCUAUACUGACAGUCCCUCAAAAAAACAGACUAAGAAAGAAAAUAAGUUUGCGCUGGAUGUGUUUGAUCGUACUGCAACUUCCAUGACUCAUGUUCUGAAAGUUGGAGUCAACCCUCAACGUGCUUCCAUAUGGUUCAUUGAAAUUGUUCAUCAUGCAAGCGCAAUGCUAACUAAGCAAGCAAGGAAGACUUUACUAUCAGAAAAAGGAAGCUUUUGUAACAUUUGCAAUGAAAUUGCGGUCAUAAUUCUUUCUAUGGAAUUAACGGAUGAAAAUGUCAAGUUCCUAGACCAACUUUGGACAUACGAAUGGGUGGAACCGCUACAAGAUUACUGGAACAACGCGAUGACAAGAGCUUUGACUGAAAAACUGGAAAAAGAGGAUUUGCAUAAAAAAGAAAAAAUAUUUUCCGUCAAAUUGUAUUUGGAAAAUAUAAAUCCUUUAAUAACACAAGAGAGUUUGCAAGAUUGCUUUGGGCAAAAGGCAAUGGAACUUAUUGAAAAAGAACUUGAGACAUCUGGAUCUUCGUGUAUAGCUCAUUUUUUCGGGAACAAAAACCUUUCAACCAUUAAAUUUGUCGAAAAAUGUUUCUUACGUAAAUAUAAAGAAAUGUGCGAGAGCAAAGAAUCCCAAUACCCGUUUGGAAAUCUCAACUUCAUUUGUAAAUGGCAGAUGGCCAAUUGGCUUUUUUCAAAUUUCUAUGAAGCAGAACACGACAAAUACUUUGGCCAAAAAACAAACGAAACAAUGCAAUUGAUCACUGCUGACAUAAAAAAGAUAGUUGAACAAAUAUACAGCGGAAAAAUCAAAAAGAAUAAUUUUGAAUUUGUAAAGGACAAAACUGCGACUAUUUGCAACUUUGUUGGAAUUCUUCAAAAAAAAUCUUCCACAUCAUCCGUGGACAACUUGAGAGAACACAUUCACUAUCUCAGCAAAAAACAAAGAGAUUUUGAUGAACAAUAUGGUUUUGCCAAAACCUUUUUCCAAUUUUGUAAGGAAGUCUGCGAAGGCUUGAAAGUCAGAUGCGCUCCGAUUGAAACCAUGUACAUAAAGGCUUCUCAAUCAGAAACAAUUGGUGGUUUAAUAACAAAAGACGAUCUUCCAAUUGAAGGGCUGAAUAAGAAAUACUUUGGAUUAACAAAACAGGAUAUUGAUGAUUUUCAUCAAAUGCAUUUAUUGCGACAAAGCGACAUAUUUCGCAAAAUGUGGUUCGAGCGUACUAAGCAAGAAGUUGGAUUUGAUCAAGAAAGAAUAAAGUCUCUCAAACAGAUGGAUUGGAAAGAUGUUUUAAAAUGUGUGUGGAUACCAGCAAAAGAAGAUACAAUUCAGCUUUUUAAAGAUACAGCUUAUGGUUCCGUAAAGCUUGAUGUUCUCCUAGAAAAAUUUCAAUGUACCAAAGGAUCUAAAUCAAAAAUACAUGAGGAAUUACAGCAUUUGUUUCGCUUUUUCUGUAAAGCAAAACCCGAGGGCGAAUUCGUGGAUUCACUCGCAGGGACUACUUAUGAUGAGGAUAAAAAGAAAUCUUGUCAAAUUCACUCAGUUUUUGAAAUUAAUAAGGCAAUCAAUGUAAUACGGUGGAUCUGUACAUUUAAGGAAACUUUCGACCUGCAAGGCACUUUUGAGUCAAUUGAAAAAUUGAAGAACCUUGGAGGAACGGAUUUGACUCUCAAUGACAUAACUGAUGAUUUCCUGAAAAACUUUCCGGAUGACUUGAUACGAAUGUCAGCUGAAAAUCUGCAAACGCUGGAAAAAUUUAUACAGCAGCAUGAGUUAGUCAAGUGGCUUCAUUCUAUGAAAGAUAUCGAAGAAAUUAAAACGCUUGGGCAAUUAGCGUUAACAUCGGAAUUCGAGCGAGCUCUGGAAAUGGACAAAGUUGAGUGUUUAACAACGUCAAUGGAAGGAUUUUCGCCACUGAUUUGUAAGUUGAAUGAAAUAAAAGGACUUUCCGAUCUUCUUGAACGAUUUUACAAAGUUUGGAAAAAUGUUGAGGAAGAUGAAGAUCUCGUCGAAAAAUGGACUACUACCGGAGAGAAUUUAGCUUGGUUCAAAGAGAUUGAACAAAUAUUUGGAUCUGAAGAAAAAAUGUCUCUUUCACUGGCGCAAGAAAUCAAUGGAAGAGGAGUUUACACAAUCGGGAAACCACCAGGCAAUGAACAUGUGACGAAGGAAAACUCGAUUACGUUAAGCAUCUCUAUGACUGAAGGUAGCAGAGCAAAAGGACCUUAUACAUUAAAAGAGUUAACCGAUCUGCAUUCAAAGUUAACUCUGAUUGCUGGCGAAGAAGAAAGCGGUCAACGAGAUAUAGCAAAUUUUGUAGAAUUACUGACUGCUAUCAAGCUGCUAGCGUCUGCGUACGUUGAUCUUGUCGACGCUGGUUGCAUGCUAUUUGCUGACUGGAGUGCAGUAGUAAUGUCCGGAACAAACUGUGGGGAAAUCAGAAAAUUAGAUCAAUGCGAUUUGACGUUUCAGAUCAAAUUUACAAAUGAAUCAUCUGUAAACGGAAAAGCAAGCAUUUCGCAUCUGAAGAAAUUAUCGAGCAUUUUAAGAAAUUCUUACGACAGAUGGUCACACUACUUGAAUAAAAAACGACUUGAGCAUUAUUAUUUGAAUGAAUACAAUAUUCAGCAAAUUACUUACUUAUGCAAGGAAUUGGCAAAAACAAAGAACACUGCAUCGUUGCCAGAUCAGGUACUUGCGCUGUUAUCGAUGUCCAGUGAUUCCCGUAAACUCUUCUCUUCUUCAAUACGAAGCGCACUAGAAGAAGCAACAAAAAUCGACAGUGUUAAAAUGAAUGCGCAGCUGAAAAAUGAAAAUGCUGAAAAUGUUCAAUACAGCGAUACUGAGUCGAAGAGAAUUGCAAUCAGAAGACUUAUUGAGGAAGAAGGAUUGAUUGAAUCACUUGCAAUAGCUGCAGUUCAAGCCGAGGGGUACAAGGAUUUGGAAGAGUGCAACAACUGGGUUACAUUGAACGAACUGGACACAAAUUUGGUGGAAAAGUUGUGUCAAGAAUUUCAAAAAUCAUGUGCAUUUGAAAAUUCCACAACUGGCGACAAAGAAGCUCCGUCACUGUUGCACAACCGUUCAUCAAACACGUUGACAGGAGUCAUUAAAGAAUUGCAAACCGUCGCUUCAAAAACUAAAGCGGAUAUUUCGCUUGUCGUAUCGAGCAUUUGUGAAAUGUAUUUCGAAAAAACUUCGGUUUUGACGCUGAAAGACUAUCUUAGUGUAGAACAUCUGGGCAAAUUCUUGACCGUGCUACAUGCAGAAGGAAACGUUCGCCCCAAUCCACACAGAAAACUUUCACAUAAUUUAAUAACUGGAAGACAAAAUCUUCUAAUAUGUCGUGAUGACGAAGUUUUACAGACGGUUUUGUCGAUUUAUAUGGAAGACAACACUCAACCUCUACCAACUGCAUCAGAGGUUCUUAUAUGUGGCGAAGAAACAACGUCGGACGAGGUGGAGCGGUUCAUGAGAAGAGCUAUGUGCAAGUGCGACACUAAUGGUCAACAGAUAUAUUGCAUGGCUUACACCGAAAAAUUAUCUUUCAAUGUAAGCAAGCAACUUGAAAAAAUAAGUGACAUGAUUUCUCGUAAUGGAUACGCUACCGAAAAUUACCGAUUGAUUCUCAUAUCUUCUGAUCAACAACAUUACAUCAGCGAGUGCUUUGAAAAGUAUCAAAUGGAAAAGCCCGCAGAAAGUUUGAAUAAAGAAGAAGUGUCAAAGUACCUCGCACAGCACUUAAAUACAGAAGACGGCGAUCAUAUUAACAACCCUUCGGUAAAAGUAGUUUCCUCCAAAAGAUCAGGACAAGGCAAAACACUCUUUAUCAGGAAUUUAAAAGAAAAACUGGACAAAUCAUACCAUAAUACGACAAUUCCUCUUGUCGAAGAAUGGGUCGAUACUGAACUUGUCAUUGAGCGUCUCUAUAGAGGAGACCAUAUAAGAAAUGAACAUUCUCAUUUCAUUCAUCUCGAUCUUACGCCCGCGGUCCAAUACGGAAUAGAAAAGUUCAUGUUUGAUUUACUUGUGCUCGGUAGUAUUCAAAAUAAAUCGGGAUCUAUAUGGCACAGGCAAAACAAUCACCAGUAUGUUGUCGAAGUAACAAAGUCGAAUCUGACCCACAAUCAGAUUCCAGUUAGCAGUAUUUUGAACCUUUUACCUUGCAUAGACUGUCUUGGGCCCGAUGAAGCAAUCUUCAAAUCUGUUGAGAUCCGUAACAAAACGACAGAAAAAUUGAAAGAAAUUGUAACUAACGCAACAGAUAGCCAAAACUUUGGGGGAGUUGAAAAAAUUUCUCAACUAUUGGACCAGUCGUAUAAUUGGUAUGAAUUCGUAUAUCAAACAAAUUAUGAAAUGCAACUAUCAAAUCAAGACAGAGCGUUACUUUCGAUUUUGUCUGUUUGCGAUAUACCCCUCGCGUCAGCCAAAUCCAUCUUAAAUGAUCUACCAGAAAAAUGUCGUGACGAAGUUGAAAAGUUAUGGACACUCACUUCAGAACAAAUGAAACACUUUAAACUGGCAGACAAAACAAAGAUAAUGUCGCCCGCAUUUCAGCGACCGUAUCAGUACCUGAAAUAUUAUGAAGAAGGUGGGGAUUUAGACGCUUUCAAAUACGCUGAACCAACCGGAACACCCUCUGAUUGCGUUUCAAUAUUAAAAAAGUAUUAUACAACGCCUAAUCCAACAUGGGCACAGCUAGAACAUUUUGCAAUAUUUCUAAAUGUGCAACUAGAAAACUGCGAAAAUUCCAUAUUUUGCCAAGAAAUAGAAAUCGACGGUAAAAAAAUGUGGACAAUGAAAGGACUAAAACAGUUUGCUGUCAAGUUCAUGAUACGGAUGUCACAAGAUUUUGCAACGCCAUCUUUAGAGAUUCACGAUGAAAGUAAUAGUGACAUCGACCACGAGAAUGCAAUUUUCAAUGCGUACAAAGUCCGAAGAAAGUGGGAGAAUAAAGCACACCCAUACGUCUUUUUCAACGAAGACGGGUCUAGUAUGACGUUUAUCAACGUACACAUCGACAAAAAUGGAGAUCUGUUGAAUGAAAAAGGUUUGUUAUUAGAGAAAAAUAUUGCAAGCCAGGAGCUCGUAGUGGCACUAAAAAUUCAAGAAGUACCAAUUAAUACUGAUUUCUAUAAAUAUGAUCGUAAGAAAAUGUUGAAUAUAUUGAGCACGGUCAUGGGCUUGCAAAAUGUAAUUGAUCCAGAUUGCACAUUUGAACUGACGACCGACAACGUACUAAAAAUUCUGGCAAUUUAUAUGAGGAUGAGAUGUGGCAUUCCAGUCAUAAUUAUGGGUGAAACAGGCUGUGGUAAAACAAGGAUGGUUGAAUUCAUAAGCAAAUUAAACAGAAAUAACAAACUAACAAAGGAAGAGAAUCAGCAGAUAGAUGAAUCCACAAAAACAUUGAAGAUUCACGGUGGAGUUACUCCAAAGGAUAUUUACAUGAGUGUCGAAGAAGCAAAUAGCAUUGCAGAGAACAAUGCCCAACAUGGUAUUAAAACUAUACUAUUUUAUGAUGAAGCAAAUACUACGAAUGCCAUUUACGCUAUCAAAGAAGUGAUGUGCGACCAAACUGUUAACGGGGAAUUGUUUCAAAAAAACAAUUUACAGAUAGUUGCUGCCUGCAACCCUUAUAAAGAGUUGACCAAAAAAGCACUGAACCACAACAAUAAUGUUGCUUUGGGUUUUCAUGUUGCUCAAGACAAAACAAAAAGUCGGCUUGGAAAUAUUCCUAUGAGACAUCUCGUCUAUAAAGUAGUUGCAUUGCCACCGAGUAUGCAGCCUUUUGUAUGGGACUUUAGACAACUUGAUGAAGAAGCCGAAGAAAAAUACAUAGGACAAAUGACCAAACAGCUCGGACUAGAUCUCAACCUACCUGGCCAAGUUGAAGUAACAAAACAUGUUGUAUCAAAAGCUCAAUCAUACAUGAGAAAACAGUUAGAUGAAUGCCGAUAUGUAAGUCUCCGAGACGUUGAAAGAUGCAUAUUAUGCAUUAAAUGGUUCUAUCGAAACAAGGGUGAAAUUUUCCCUUUACUGGAGAAAAAUAUAGAAGAGCGAUACAAGAAAAUGCGUAAACGAGUUCCAGAUAUGAAUCCCUACAUGAGAUGCUUGAUACAGACGAUUGGUAUUUGUUACCACGUGUCACUCAGAGAACGUCAACCAUUCAGAAAGGAAAUAUGCAGACACUUGAAAGACUAUAUUGAACUUGAUGAGGCAGAUUUAGAUGAAGAAUUUAUUGCCUGUCAGAAGGCAUUUCUCCAUAACACUAAAAUUGAUGACAAUAUUGCGCGGAAUGAAGCCCUUCGAGAAAAUGUAUUUCUCAUGACGAUAUGCUCUGACUUGAAGAUUCCACUUUUUAUUAUCGGGAAACCUGGAAGUUCAAAAUCUUUGGCUAAAACUAUAGUUGGUGAUAAUAUGAAAGGAUCCGCUUCAGGAUCCAAUCUUUACAAACGUCUAAAAAAGAUUCAAAUUCUGAAUUACCAAUGCAGUGCUUUGACUGAUGCUGCUGGAAUAGCAAGAAUUUUUUCGAACGGUGCAAAAAUGCAGAAAAAUAAAAAGCUGAGCAAUUUUACUGUUGUUAUAGUAUUGGACGAAAUAGGACUUGCGGAAGAUUCAAAAAAUAUGCCCCUUAAGAUUCUUCACCCAUUACUCGAGUCCGGUAGCACAAAAAGCGGAACAUUAACGGAGUUUAAAGAGCACAAAAUAGUGGGAUUCGUUGGAAUUUCUAAUUGGGCUUUAGAUCCAGCGAAAAUGAAUCGUGGAAUAUUUGUUACCAGGAGCACUCCGGAAAAAGAGGAUUUGAUAAAAACAGCAAAAGGAAUAUUUCACAAAGAUAGAAAUAUGAUGCAAGCUGACACAGAUAUUUUACAGCAGCUGACAUACGCAUAUCUAGCUAUCUACAACACAGAAACAAAGAAGCGGACUAAAGAAUAUUUUGGACUCCGUGAUUAUUAUUGUCUCAUCAAAAUGAUACACGCAAAAAAGUCUACUGAUGGCAAAAUCAAGCUGAGUGACAUUAUGUACUUUGUUCAGAGAAAUUUUAGCGGUGGAGUAAAUUCUCAUUUCAAUUCUUUUUUCGAAUUUGUAACGAAAUUAUUCACAAACGAAAUAGCCACUGAAGUUUCAGUACAAACUAUGAUACGUGAUAAUCUUGAAGAUUGUGAAAGUAGAUUCAUGCUGUUGCUUACAAACCAGUAUUCCUCUGUGUCAUUACUUGAAAAAGUUGUUCCCAACUUUGCCACACAGGUACAAGUCAUUUUUGGUUCAAGCUUUCCAGGAGAUCACAGUUAUACAGAAUUGUGUAGAAACAUAAACAAAAUAAAAGUUUGCAUGGAAACAGGUCGGACAGUGGUUUUACUUGGAACAAGUGAAAUCCACGAAUCACUUUACGAUGCAUUGAAUCAACAUUACAUUGUAGUUGGAGGAAAAAGAUAUGUUGACAUAGGAUUAGGAGGUCACAGAGUAAAAUGUCGGAUGUCAAAAGAUUUUAGAUUGAUCAUCAUUGAAAAACAAGAAACUGUAUAUGAAACAUAUCCAAUUCCUUUGAUAAAUCGAUUAGAAAAAUACCAUCUCUUGGCCGACACAAUAUUAAAUACAAAUGAAAAAAUUCUUUUAAAGACACUUGAAAAAUGGGUCGAUGCAUUUUCAAACGUUGUAGGAUUUAACAAACUCGACGCUUUUGUAGGAUACAAUGAUGAUACUGUUAGCUCCACAAUACUUGCACAUGGCGCUAGAAUAGAGAGUCUUCAAGACGUUCUUCUGCAAUCUGCUACAAUCGACUCCGUAUUUAGGCUGAAAUCGAAUGAAUCCAACCUAAAAGUGGAUGGGGAACAAUUUUUUAAAAAGUAUCUUGACGAACAAGUUCAUGAUACAUUGCUGAAUGCUCUUGAUAAUUUAUGCAAUGAUGGGACUGGUUUAACUAGAUUGGAAAUAACAUCUUUCUCCAACAUUCUGACUGAUCAAGAUCGUAAAAAACUUGAAGAAAUUUUGUGCUUGCCUGAACAAAGUGUAAUGCUUCUUUCACUGAACCAAUUCCAAACGCAAGACGAAUAUAUUCAAAGUCUUAACGAAUUCUUCACAGCCUGGAAAGAGGAAAACAAUAACAAAAAUGCUAAAAUAUUACUGAUACAGUGUCCCCAAGCACACAAGCAUGAGCAUGGAGAACUUCUUGCGUGUGCAAGAUAUAAUUUGAUGAAUGCUUUAAAGCAGUUGGCUACUAUCCAUGAUAUGGAUACACGGCCUCCUGUAAUUGUUGCGUUUUUGCUUUCUACAAAAAGACAAAGCGGUUACGCCAAUGCACCAAAAGAAUGCCUUAUAAUUCAACAAUCAUCAGAUUUCCAAAAUUUAUACAUUGAUGAACUUAGACCUAGAGAUGAUCAGAGAAAUUUACUGAAAAGUCUCUGCGAAAAAUCACUAUUGGAAAUUUUUGAAAUGGGAGUUGCUCAAUUCAAUGGCUUUGAAGAAAAUUUAUGUUUUGACUUUGCGGAACUAAUAAAAGAUUGCAUCUGUGAAUCAAUGUCAAAACUAAAAACCGACGGAUUUUCUAGCAAACGAAAUGUGGAACGCAUAAACAUACUAAAAACAAUCUGCUCUGAAAAAAAACAUUUCCUCCAACUUUUAGGCCAGAAAAUGGUUGAACUACAUAAAAACAGCAUAGGACACGAUGACCGUUAUCAAUGGAUUGUAAAAGAAGCAAUGUCUCGUGCAAAUUUACAAGAAGGUGGAACAUUUACCAAUUGCCUGAAUUUAUGUCUGAAACGAUAUUCAGCCGAUGCACUUGCAUAUAUCGUAAGCAAAGUGGAUGAAAACAACAACUUGAACUUUUUACUAGAUAAUAUUCCUUGGAAACAAGACAUGUGGUUGAGGUGGUUUGAGUGUUAUCAAAUGAGCGCGAACGAUCUACAUUCUAAACAUGAAUAUAUCAUUAAAGGUAACAAUGAUAAAACCAUCGGCCAACUUCCUUUCAGUUCCUGCAUUUAUGACAAGCUGGAAUCAAUAUGGAAAUGUAUACAGGAUGCGCCAUAUCGCGAAAAAAGAGAAAGUUUCUACAAUAACUAUCGACAAAUGCAUAAACAAAUAUCAAUAAUAAAAGAUGCUGUUGUUGCAGGGGGCGAGAAAAAUCUGAUCCAGGCGUUUGCAGAAGAUGUCAUUGGUUUUUGGCUUAUUCAAGCAAAUGAUGACUUGGAGAAAAAACAUUUAACGAACAUACUAGUUGCUGCGUGUAUGCAUGAAAGAGAAAUAAUGGUUGCGAGCAAGCAGUACCAAGAUGCAGAUUCAAUUGCUAUUGUGUUUUAUUGCUUCAAGGAAUACGAAAGGCAUCUUACAAUGCUUCAUAGUGUUUACCUUGUUUGUCCCGAAAUCUUCUCUGUAGUAGAUGACUCGAAAUGGCUCGUUAGCAUUGAAUCCAAAGAGUGCUAUAUUUAUGAGGUAAUUCUUAUUGAAAUGCUGAAGUGGUUUGACGGUAAAGCAUUAUCGAUUGAUGAGAAUGAUUGCAAGAUUUGGAUGGAAAAUUCAAACAAGAUAAAGGGCAUUUUAAAAAGAUAUUUAGAUGAAUUAGUCAGGAAUCAGGAUACUAAAGCCAAACUUAUAAAACAGCACGAACCACUUCUUCUAUUUGAUCUUUUACUUUCACACCUGCUCCCCACCGCAGAAAACAGAGAUAUUUUUGCAAACUACGUCAGAGUAAUUGUGGCUCAAGCAAAGCGUUGGAUCAAGGCAUCUCGUAAAUAUGCAAUCAAAUCGAAGAAUUUUUUAAAAAUUAUUUCAAAUGCAUUGAGAAAGUCCUAUGAAGCAAUCAGAAUGAAACAUCUUGUUUCCUGGCAAGAAACGAUCUGCCAAAUGUGCAGAGAGCCGAAAUCGGAUCUCGUUAAGCUCGUCUGUACCCAUUUCAUAUGUACGAAAUGUUUGAAUAACGUAUUUUCCUCGCCCGAUGUUCGUAAACAAUGCCCUGCUUGUCCACAGACUAUUGAGGAAGAUUUUACAAUAAGAGUCCAUGAGUUAUCUGAAGAAGACAAAAGAGCUGUUGCUAAGUUUAAAUCAAAUUGUACCAGCUUCUUUCUACAGUAUCUUCGUCAAUUUUGUUUUACAAAAACUGAUAGCGCAAGCAAGGAAGAGGCAAAAAAUCUGCUUCAUGAGCUCGUAACUCUUUCGACACGCGAAACAGACAAUCGAACCGAUUUAAAUGAAGCCAUAAACCUAAAUAUAGCUACAAAGAGUUGUAUUUGGCUUGUCUUGGAAGGAUCGUUUUCUGGGCUAAAUGAGGAAGAGAUGGAUCCUUUGUACAAAAGUCUCGAUAAUAAAAAGCUUCGCGAUUUAGUCAACGUGGUUCUCUAUUCCAUAGAAACAGACAUGAAAACAAAUACUGCCGAAACAAAGCAGCAACUUCUAACGCAGUGUGACUCAGUCAGGAAUAGCUGGGAUGUUAUUGUUUCUGAUACAAACGAUCUUUCAACAGAUUCAAUACGGGCUGUAUCGGAGAUCAGAUGCGCAAUCACCGUACUCGUUUCGGAUAUUCAAAAAAAUAUAAACAAGAAACGCUACACUGUUCCACCAUCUUUAUACCUGGCAAUAAAAGAAAUUACAAAAAGUGAUGAGAGUCAGCAAAUCAAAAAAUUUAUCAUCAAGACUGGAUUUCAACUGUUUGGAAAAGAUUGGGUAUAUCACGUAUCUGCAAAUUUCAAACACUUCAUGCCAGAAAAUUUACGGAAUUUCGUUCAAGAAAAUUCCAUUGACUACUGGCUUACAAUGGGACAAGACUACGCUGAAAGUAAAUUUUUGCUAGACAAUUCUUCUUCUGGUACAUUUGAUGACAUUUUACUUGGUUGGUUUCCUUGUCAAAAUGAAACUGAAGAUGUGUUUGUAGACGCAAGUGAAGAUACAACUGAAGAUCAUGAUUAUAAUAAUCUGACCAAGUAUAAUUUGUUGACGAAAGUAUUUGCCAUUGCGCGAAAUAAAAAUGAAAGCCAAAUUGAACAAUUGAAAAGGCAUAUCGAGAACUUCGAAUCCUAUCGUUUUCUAAGCGUAAAUGACCUAUUUACUUACAGACCAAAGUUUGUAAACAAUCAACUCAUGCUCCCGGAAAAUAGAAGAGUGAUUCUUUUCCAGCUAGUUUCCCUGGCUGGAUGUGUUGCAUUAGCAGAUUGCGAAAUGAUGCACGAGUUCCAUGAGCUAAUAAUGCGACCAGAAGAAAUAAAAAAUAAAAUGUGGCCAGCCAUGCCGCAGUCGCAUGUUUUCAUGCUUCGAGAUGCAAUGAAAGAUGUCGCAGCCUACGAAUGCGAAAAUGGCCACGUUUACACAAUAGGCAAUUGUAAGCGCCCAUGGGUUCAAUCGCAUUGUCCCAAAUGUGGUGUCGUAAUUGGCGGAAUAUACCAUACCCUAGCCGCCGGAAAUAAGAAGGUUAAUUUACAAGAAGAGUCUCAAGGUGGUUAUCAACUGAAUGGAGAACAUAAAGGCAAAGACGAUCCAUCUGAUCGCCUUUCAAAGCAAGCCGUAGCUAUCCUGCAUUUCAUUACACACUCCUGCAUGCUAUUCGGCUUCCAAAAUGAUCCCGAUACAAUGUUAAGUAUACUCAACAAGGAAAAUAUGAGACCUGUGACGCAGAACGAUACAAAAAAGUAUAUUUCGGAGAUGCUGUGGACAAAUUUAUGCACACUGGCAGAAUCACUCGGCAGAAACCUGGAUGAUGCUAUUCUGGUUAUGUGCGAGUGCAUUUUGAAUGUGGCAAAAGACAAUUCAAAUAACGCUGAAACGGAUGUCCCAACUUGGGAUUCAAUACAAAGCAGGCAAGUAUGGGAGAAAAUGUUUCAUCAAAAAUAUUUUUUGCCCGUCUUUCAAACAUUGGAUGAAAAAAUAAAAAAAUGCACUAAACAACUGAUGUCGGAGCGAGAGAUGAUGGAAAACCACUUCUACAGAAUAACUCACGAUGUGGAAAUGCACGAAGAUAAAGCGAUCAAUUGUCUUCAUCCAAUACUUUGGAGUACAAUUAGGCAUCCAAACCCAUCUCACUUGUUGCAAACCAUAGGAGACACGUCCUCGCCAGGCGUGAUUCAGAAGAUUCUACAGACGCCAAAACUUCAUCUUGCAAAAGACCUUGAAUAUGUCCUGGAUCUCCAAAAAAUUUUAAUUGAAAAGUAUUGGGGAAAAGAUCUCAAUUAUGUUGAGAAAACUACUUUCGAGGUUUUCAUGGGAGACCAGGGCUACAAACAUAAGGACCUUGUUAAAGAAUACUUUCGUAUAUGGAAUUCUGUUCGCAACAGUAUAAGUUUGGGAAGAAAUCAAAAAUUGGAAGAUUAUAUGUCCGAGAUGAAUAUGCAAAGUUCCGUUGCAAUGGGAAUACCAAGCUCACGCGGCCAUGGUAGAUGUGCACAAUUGCUCGCUGUGUAUCUCAUAAAAAUCCACAAUGAUUUUCUCGGCGAGUGCCAUAGUGUUAUGAGGCAGGAAAGCUCGACUCCAGUACCCGUUUCGCAUUUGGUUCCUUCAAAUUUUAUUCCUUAUGAAGGACAAAAUGACUUUAUGAAGAUGAUUCAUACUCACACAUCUUACACGAUUGAGCGAGAUAGUCAUGGAUCCCAUCACAUAAUUUCAUAUAAUGUCGAUGCUUUGGAAAAACAGGCGAGAGAAAGCUAUGCAAUUUAUCCACCCAUUAUAGAUAUUGAAACUCUCCCGUGUAUGAGGUAUCCACAAGAUGUUGGAAUAGGGUCAGACUGGAAAAAGACUAAAGAAAGGCAAGGGAAGCGACAAAAACAGGUUACUUUGACACUGGAAAUCGCUCAAGAAGUUGACGACAAGGUAGCUAGCAAUAAGAUUACACCGGCUGAUCUUUAUGGAGGCGUGAGGACUCUCACGAACGCGAUAAGCUUCCUGGCUAAUGUUGAAGCAGACCCGGAACAGCAAAUUCGAGAGUAUUUGUGUAAGCAUCUCAGCUUCUCUGAGCAACACUUAGUCAUGAUACCUAAAUCGGCUCUUAUAAAACACACUUUGGCUUUGUACCAACGACUAACUUGGCAUAAAGCCGUAAAUUUUGUACAACAAAAUUUGGAUCCAUACAAAGAAGCAUUGUACGGAGUCGAACAAACGGAAAUCACUGACAAAAAGACCUUAGCAAUGAUCAAGGAUGCCUUUGAUCACAUGGAUAUUGGAAAAUUUCAGCAAAAUUUGAAUGAAAUUCUUAUUCAAGUUCCUGAUAUAAAACCAUUUUGGAGUUUACGAGAAGACGUUUUUCCUGAUUUUGAAUUUAUCGAAGAGGAGAGUACAGACAGCUGGUAUAAUAAAUUACCAUCAGAAAUACUCUACAGCAACGUUUCCCAUCUGUUCAAACUUUCUGUCAACUUUCGUUCCAGAGGCACUCUUCAAUGACGAUUGAGAGAUGUUGUGCGAAGAAUCUGCACAUUGCUUGUGCCCAAAUUACUUUGUAUAUAUCAAAUUGCUUUGCAUAUAUUUUUCUUUCAAACAACUAUUUACUGUUUUAAAAAGUUGACGCUUAGGCCACAAGGCGAUACAAUCUUAUUCAAAUUUGAAUGUAGACCAUUGUUUCUAAUGUCUUCGCCACGUGAUGAGUAAAAUAUAUAUAUAUAUAUAUACUCUUAAAAAAUAUGUAUUACAAACGGUUUGUUAAUGAAUGUCCUGUAAUGUACAUAACUCACAAGAUAAAUCGAAAAAGCAUAAAAUUCAAAUUUUCCGGCAUUGCUUAGUAUAUAAUCUUUACAUAUAUAUAUAUAUAUAUCGACAAAUUCUGCAUGCUUUUUCUUUGAUGAAGAUAAUACUACAUAUAUAUAUAGUGAUAUAAAAUUGUACGAUUAGCAUUCUAUACAAAAAAUCUAAAAAUGAUAAUAUAACAUUUCUAAUAUAACAUCUAAUUGCCAAUUUGUCAAAAGUGUAUAUUUGGCAUAACAUAAAAUAGGGGCGAGGUGAUAUUUAUAUUAUCAUUUUUAAGUAAAAUUAUUUUAACCGCAACGCAAAUUUAAAUUAAUGUUGGAUGAUAAUAAAUUAUUAAAUUGAACAUUUAAAAUCCGAUCACUUACUUCAUGAUUAAUUUGACUGUCUGACACAAUUGAACUGAACUAUAAUUCUAUGUAUUGAAAAUAUUGCUAAAAAUAAUAAAAAUAAAGUUGCGGUUGAUAAUUGUGUUUUUGGUAUUUGUGAAUGAGUAUUCACAGAUAUUCAGGAGGAAAUAUCACGACAACAAAUAGGGAGCAAGUAUUGAAAAUUA